CAGUCCGCAAAUAUGCAUUCUCACGGCUGUUAGGGACAGCAAUUUUUCUAGUUACGGUAGCAACUCACUAAAUAAGCCUUAUGCUUUUGUAGGGUUUUUUGUUUGUUUGUUUGAUGGUGUGGUUUUGAUCGUGAGUGUUUAAAAAAAAACACCAAACACUUCCGGUUUUACCGGAGAAGGAAGCAGGGCGGAGUGAGUCCUCUUGCUCCGUGUGAACACUCUUUGAGGCCAGAGCGAGCAGCUGUCAGAGGACGGGGCAGCGCGUCACGAAGAGCAGAGAAGAGGCUUUGUAGAGGGAAGGACUGAGUGAAAAUGCAGCACAGGAGCGAAUCCCGACAUCAUCACUUGUCCACAGUCCGACUCAGGAUCCAGACUUUGAUCUGCUAGCGUGCAGCCACCGAGCUGGCUCAGAUCGCAGACUUUCCUCCGGCUGUUGUUUUGUUUUGCUCUAAUCUGCUGGAGGAUCAGAGGCUGCACGGCGCUGCUGUCCACUCCACAGGACUUGUCCAGACAUGAGCAACGUCAACCCGAUUUUCUGGGACCAGUUGUUGGCUGGCAGCUCCGACGUUGACUGGUGUGAAGGGAAUUACCUCAUCUACCCCAGCAUCGCAGAAUUUUACAACACGAUCAGCAACGUCUUGUUCUUUGUUUUGCCUCCCAUACUGAUGUUCCUGUUCCGUGAAUAUGCCCAGCAUUUCAACAGCGGGAUCUACCUCAUCUGGAUCCUGCUGGUGGUGGUCGGCAUUGGAUCAACGUAUUUUCAUGCCACACUCAGCUUCCUCGGCCAAAUGCUGGAUGAGCUGGCCAUCCUUUGGGUCCUCAUGUGCGCCAUCGCCAUGUGGUUUCCAAAGAGAUACCUGCCAAAGAUGUUCAGGAGAAAUCGUUUAAGGUUUAAAGUGGUCAUCGGCAUUCUGUCUGGGAUCACCACUGGACUGGCUUUUGUUAAACCUGUGGUCAACUCGCUGUCGCUCAUGACUCUGGGCAUCCCCUGCACAGUGCUUCUUAUCACAGAGCUGAAAAGGUGUGAAAACUCGCGUGUGUUCAAGCUCGGGCUGAUUUCUGGGAUCUGGUGGGCAUUGGCUCUGCUCUGCUGGAUCAGCGACAGGAUAUUCUGCGAAAUGUGGUCGUCGGUCAACUUCCCCUACUUACACUGUGCUUGGCACAUCCUUAUCUGUCUGGCCUCCUACUUAGGCUGCGUCUGUUUCGCCUACUUCCACGUGGUGACCGAGGCGCCGGAACAAGGGCCGGUCAUCAUGUUCUGGCCCAACGAGAAGUGGGCCUUUAUCGGUGUGCCGUAUGUUUCGUUACUCUGCGUCCAUAAGAAAUCCUCCAUUAAGGUGACUUAAGGUGGCCUUAGAAGCUCUCAGCUCUACAAUUUUAACACCAGCAUGAUUUGGCAGUCCAUCUGCGAGUCAUGUUGCCCCCAUUGCGUUCUUUUUGAUUUGUCCGGAGGAGACGAUGCACUUGUCACAGAGUAUAAACUUUUUUUCUGCUCUGGAAUCCUCUUUGAAUCCCAAUGGAGCAGGGAUUUAUGCAACUCUGAUGUCAUUAGUUUGUGAAAUAUGAUGCAGGGUAUCUCUUACAAAACAUAUCAAAGCCAACAAACCUUUGUAGUGUUCUACACCUAUACUCAGGCUUUGGCUGGGACAUCGUGUAACCGUCUCAGAGUGAUAGUGUUGCAGUUAUCUGUCUGCAGAUUUUUGAAAUUAUAAGCUGGUUCCUUACGAGAACAUAAUUCACACCAAGCCUUUGGUCUCUUUUUGGCUGAUGUGUUCCUUACUUCAAGCAAGCUACCCUGAUAAUAAUUUUAAAGAACAUAUUGUGUUUCCUUUAUUCGUAUAGAAGGUGGUACCUUUAAUCGUGGUGAAUGCAGAAUAUUGACAAGAUAGAGAAAUGAAGAGUUAGAUUUUGAUAUCAGAACAUGGUUGAUAAACUAUUUUGCUCAAAAAUUUGUCUUGUAAUGUUAGUAUUUAAGAGUUGACCAGGUUUAUUAUACUUCAUUUAAAAUUAGGAUAUUUCAUCUAGUGACUACUCCUCAAGGUUAAUGCAAUAUAAAAUGUAAAGACAUUUCAGCCAAGAUAUUGAGAUAAAAAAAUGGAAUAGUAAUUGCAAGUGAAUGUGCAUUGUUUCUGUAAGUUAGUUUUGGCGCCUAUGAGCCAAGUCUAUUUUUUUUUUGUCCAUUAUACCAAAACUAUGUUGGAGUCAUUAUUGAAAAACUGCCAAUGUAUGAAAUAGAGGGAUGUAUUUUUGAUGUUUUUAAAUGAAAUGCCAACCCCAAAGGAUAAGAACUGUUUACGUUUUUGCUUCUCAGAUAUUUGUUUGACAUGUCAAAGCCUCACUCAGUUUGACUUUUCCGCUCGAACUGCAUGCAAAGAUUUUGAGCAACUAAAGAUGUCAAAAUGAGUUGUGCAAUCACAAAAGGUCGAUGAAGGGUUACAAUUUUCAGAAACCCGACAAAAAUGAUUCUGAGACAAUAUUUUUUCAGAAAAUAAUUUGUUGUUAGCCUAAAUAUGUUUCCAUUUCCAUUUUACAGUGUUUCAGCUUUUUGUUCUGCUAGAUGUUUUUAGAGAAACUUUAGGGAAGUUUGAUGAUGUGAAGAGAUACCAAAAGUACCUGCAGUGUCACGCACAACACGUUGAAUAAUACAGGUGGCUGAAAGUGAUGAGCUCAUUGUGUCCUGCAGUGAAAGUGAAAACACUCAUGCCAUAAGAAGCUAAUCAGCAUCACAUUAAGCAUCCAGUGUAAAGAAAGAAGGGCUUUAAAUGAUGCUUUCUGCGUUGUGAUGCUUGACAAUAAGGAAGGAUUGUUAUUGGCUCAAAUCUGUAUGAAUCUCAGUGUUUCUCCACUUGCAUUCUCAAUACAGAUAAGUUGCACAGAAAUAUUUAUUUUCAUAAAUUAUCCUGUUUUGUACACAAAUAUUUGUAGCAGAUUAGAGUUUUGAUAUUUUCUGUAAUAAACAAAAUUUUGAACAUG